CUAACCACAAAAAAAUGAGAGUCAUCCUUGUUGUUGCCGUUACUUUUGUCCUAGCCGCUGUUGUAUCAGCAGAAGGAUAUGGUAAAGGACAUGGAGGAUACCACGGAGGAUACGGAAAGGGAUACGGUGGACAUGAUGGCGGAUACGGAGGAUAUGGAAAGGGAUAUGAUGGCGGAUACGGAGGACACUAUCUAGGUCAUAGUGGUGGAUAUGGAGGAUAUGGUGGAGGUAUGGGAGGAUUUUCUGGUGGAUAUGGUGGAAGUAUGGGAGGAUAUUCUGGUGGAUAUGGUGGAAGUAUCGGAGGAUAUUCUGGUGGAUAUGGUGGAAGUAUCGGAGGAUUUUCUGGAGGAUAUGGUGGAAGUAUCGGAGGAUAUUCUGGAGGAUAUGGUGGAAGUAUUGGAGGUUAUCAUGGUGGAUCAGGAAGUGGAUAUUACGGUGGAUUGAGCGGAUCUUAUGGAGGAUUAAGUGGAUCUUACGGUCAAGCAAGUGGUUCAUACUACCCAUCUGGUGGAAUAUCCAAGUCAAUUUAUUAAAUGACGUUAAAUAAAAACUGUAGAAAUCAUAUUAUCAAACAAAGUGAUAUGUCCACAUCCUAUUUCAUAGGGAUAGAAUGCAUUUAUAAACAAAGAAGUCGAUACAAACAAAUAUUGGUAGUGUUAUAUACUAUUAACAUUUCAAAUACAAUUCAACUUAACUUUAAAGAAAAAUAAUGAACUUGGAAUAACCUUUAACGUGCUUUUAAUCUUUAAAGAGAUUGAAGAAUCAAUUAAAACGGAAACAAUGUUUUGUAUGAAGACAGUAUGCUUUUUGAAAAUACUGAUGUCCCUCUUAGAUUUUUUAGAUUUGUUUCGCUCACUUACAAUUGAAAACUGAAACAUACGACUCAAAGUCCUGUGGUUUUUUAAUAGAAUUAUGUAUCCAUUGCAUAACUGUAUUUUGUUAUUUGUUGCAUUACUCAUGAAAAAUAUUGAAACAAAAAAAACAUAUAUCAAUAAAAGAUUUAACAAAGUGAA